AUGCUUAGCAAACCUCAAACCGAUAUUAAUGACUUAUUACUUGUAAAAGCAACUCCUGAACAAUCCAAGAUCACCAAACAAAUUUCUUAUAUUGAAGGGGAUCCUUCAGAAUUAACUUUAGAACAAUAUCUUGAACUAGAAAAAAUUCUGACAAAUUUAGAAUUCACAAGAGAUAACUUUCAAGUUUGGAUUUUGAUAUCAAAAAAAGAUCAACAUCAAGAGGCUCCAACAAUUCUUUCCACAUGUGGAACAAUCAAAAGAAAAGCUUUAGUUAAAGAUACUACUACAGAUAAAUCAGAUAAAUUGAGAGGGGUUGGUGAAGGAGGAAGAGGAAAUGUUAGAGAGAUAAUUUGUCAUAGUAUUGCAUCAGUAUUUACACCACUAAAUUUUAGGAAUAACGGCUAUGCAUCUUCUAUGUUAAAAUUGUUAUCUGACAUUUUGGUGAAAGAAUUGAAAGCAGAAUUUUCAUUUCUUUUUAGUGAUAUUGGACCUCAUUUUUAUCAAAGAUUAGGUUGGAAUGUUGAUGAUCAUAAAGAAAUUAGAUUUAAUGUAGAUAAUAAUACACAUAUUUCAGAUAGUGCGAAUAAUUUAGAUAAUAAUAUUAUAGUAGAAGAUACCAAAAAAAUUAUUAGUCAAGACGAUCUGGAACGUAUAAUUCAACAAGAUUGUCAACUUAUUUAUCAAGAAUUUUCUCAAUUAGAUUUUUCGGCUUUUUUGGUUUUACCAACUAAACCAAAUUUCGAAUGGCAUUUUGAGAGAAGUAAAAUUUACGCAAAAAUUAAAAAUGUUGAAAUAACUACUUUGGGUGUUGAAUUAAUUGGAAGAUCUAUCAAUAAUAAUAAAAAUAAUCAUUCAUUGGGCUUUAUUCUUUGGUUCCAUGACUUUAGAGACCAAAAAUUAACAAUACUUAGAUUUCGUAGUAAUAAUCAAAAAGUCACAAAGUUAUUAAUUGAACAUGCAAAACGAGAAGCUCAGAGAUCUAAUUUAACACAAGUUGUUGUAUGGAACCCUGAUAUGAAAUUAUUUCCAAAUGUAAAAGAAGGAAAUAAUAAAAAUGACGAUAAUGGAGAAUUAGUAGAAAGAAAAGAUUCUUUACCUUUUUUAGCUUGCCAUUAUAAAGAACCAUCUCAUUUUUCUCAUUUCAAAUGGUUAUUGCUAGAAAAAUAUACCAUAUUCUGCAGGCCAUAG